AUGGGGCUGGAUCGAUGUGGAUACCAGCAACAUCGACGAAGUCUUGAAGCAGGGCCCGAUCUUCGUGAAGUUCUUUGCUCCAUGGUGCUCGCAUUGCAAGAACAUGGCGAAGGAUUUCCAUCGGGUCGCCCAAGAGGAAUUGCCGGAUGGUAUUCGCGUUGGCAGAGUCGAUUCGACCAAGAACCCUGCCCUCAACAAGCGCUUCGGCAUUUCCGGAUAUCCGACGCUCCUCAUGCUCAAUGA